CCUGAGCUGUGCGUCUCCUAGCAACGGUGCGGUCUCCGCGGCAACUGAUGACAACAGAGGCCGCUCCGGCUCGGAUCGUUAGUGAAUAGCGCGAUGUGGGCAGGCGGCGAGCUUGGCGAGGAGCGGCUGCAGGAGUUAUACGCCUGGAUAGACCGGGUUCCGCUCAGCCGGGCCAAGAGGAGCAUCAGCCGGGACUUCAGCGACGGAGUGAUGGUGGCGGAGGUUGUGAAGCAUUUCCUUCCAAAGAUUGUCGAAAUGCACAACUACAUCCCGGCCAACUCGACGCAGCAGAAGCUGAGCAACUGGGGGGCUCUCAACCGGAAGGUAUUUUCCAAGAUGAACUUUCACGUCCCUGAGGACAUUGUGCGAAAGCUGGUCUCCAAUGCCCCGGGAGUGAUUGAGCCGGUCCUGUACACUCUGCGCCAGAAGAUCGACGAAAGACUCCAUGGAAAGCAGAAGGAGAAGGACACGCAGCAAGCCAAGUUGCAGGAGUCAGAAUACUACAGUACGAACACAGGACCCCCAACCUAUAGUUCCGGUGCCGUCCUCUCCCCCACGAGAAAGCCUUUCCCCCCGACGGGGACCAAUGAUCAGCCUCAGAGACACCCCAAACGGCAGGAUGGCCGCUCAAACCCAUACACGCAACUAGAGCCUCAUGUACGUCUGCUAUUGGAGGAAAAGGAACAAGAACUGAUGACCCUUCAGGAAACAGUACAAAUCUUACAAAUGAAAGUCCAGCGCCUGGAGCACUUGGUUCAGCUGAAAGAUCUGAGAAUAGAGGAUUUAACAAGACACCUGAACAAGCAGAGAGGGCAGAGGAACAUCACCUGAGCCCCCAGCAUUGCCAAAAAGCGGCUUCACCCAUAUUGUCUGGAAGGAAGGACAGCCCAUUCCAACCAGUGAGGUCCAUGUCAUGCCAACCCAGUGCUUACAUGUCCAGCCAUCACCACCAUAUAGCAUGGUCAAGGAGAUUCGAGGGACCACUACCACAAACAAUUUAAUAGUACCCACAACUCAACACAAUAAUACAAUUGAAUGAUCCGGUGGUGGAUUCCUAAUAUUCUCUAGUAGGAAAUGGUUUAAAAGUCUAGCCCCAGAGUAGCAUUUUAGGACAUGGGUGACCUUUUCAUAUUAGGCAAAAUCUGUUGUGUCUUGGACUUUGGAAGUUGUCAUGCAACAUGGCUGCCCUCACAAUACGUGGAGAUUUCAUGCAGUGAAGAAUAGUUGCAGGGCCCUUAAACGCCGUGUUACCUUUCUUAAAUGCUGUGUAUUGUAUGCUAUGAAAAUCUAAUUAGUUAGUCUUAGCUCUAUACGUUGCUGAAGGUCCUACAUCGAGUUGCAUUAAAAUAUGAUAUGUUGGGAA